AUGACAACAGCUGAGAAAACUUAUAUAAACAUGAGGGCCCCUCUGGGGAGUUACCCUCACAGGCAACCUGGCCAUGAUCACCCCGAUCCACGCAGACCCGUGUACUCCUUGCUGAGUAUCCUCUCCUUCAUAGACUCCUCCUCCUCCACGUUAAACACCCCCAGGCUGCUGGAGAGCUUCCUCACCUCAAGCCAGUCCAUCUCCUUUGCGGGCUGCGUGGUCCAGAUGGCCCUCAUGACUCUCCACAGUACUGCUUAGUGUCUGCUCCUGGCCAUUAUGGCAUAUGACCGAUUUGCUGCCAUCUACCACGCUCUCCUCUACCACACGGUCAUGUCCCAACGUCUGUGUGUCCAACUGGUGGCAGCCACCUGUAUGGCUUCUGUUGCCAAUUCAGCUUUACUGACUGGGUACAUCUUCAAGCUGCUCUACUGUGGUCUCAAUAUCAUUAUCCACUAUGUCUAUGAUGUCCCCCUUGUGCUCCAAAUUGCCUACGCAGACAUUGCCAAGGCUGAGGCCAUUGUCUUCUCAUCUUCUGCCUUGAUUAUCCUCUUUACCGUCACUGUUAUCCUGGUCUCCUAUGCCUACAUCCUGGUGACUAUCUUCAGGAUGCGUUCCCUCAAGGCUCAGAGCAAAGCACUCUCCACCUGUGCCUCCCACCUCGCAGUCAUCUGCCUUUUCUAUGGCACCAUCACCUUCAUGUAUGCCCAGCCAAGCUCUCACAGUUCCAUGGAACCGAACAAGGUCAUGUCUGUCUUCUACACAGUGAUCAUCUCCAUGCUGAACCCUCUGAUCUACAGCCUGAGGAAUAAAGAUGUGAAGCCUGCUCUAAAGAGGAGAUGCCUUGACAUGCUGCCUUCCUAA